AUGGCUUCCGCUUUGGACAAAUUCUUCGAUGCAGUCGACGACCUUUCUUCAUCCUUUAAAGACAGGCUGGGAAAGGCCAUCCACAUGCAAUCGGUUUCAUCAGAGGCCGAUAAGAGGGAUGAGCUGACAAAAAUGGCGAAAUUUCUAGCGGACGAGCUCAACACCCUUGGGGCACAGGCAGAACCAAAGCUCCUGCCCAACAAUCUGCCACCCGUUGUCAUUGGCCAUUAUCCGAAGUCUCCAGACCAAACGAAGCCAACUAUAUUAAUUUACGGUCACUACGAUGUCCAGCCUGUUACAGGACAGCCCUGGCACUACGAGCCGUUUGAGCUUACCCAAGCCGGGGCUGUCGAUGAUGAGCGAUACUAUGGACGAGGUACGACCGACGACAAGGGCCCCGUCGUGGCCUGGGCCAAUGUUAUUCAGGCACACCAGAAGGCUGGGGUCGAUAUUCCAGUCAACCUACGCUUUUGCUUUGAAGGAAUGGAGGAGUCCGGUUCUACUGGACUCGCGGAGUAUCUUGCAAGUGAGGAGGGAAGGAAGAUUUUCGAAGAUGUCGAUGCUGGCUGUAUUUCAGACAACUAUUGGCUUGAUACUAAGAAGCCCUGCUUGACCUAUGGACUACGAGGAAUCAACUAUUUCAAAAUCACGAUCUCUGGUCCCCCAACUCAGUUACACACUGGAUUGUUUGGGGGCACUGUCUAUGAGCCAUUGACUGACUUGGUCACUCUCCUCUCGAAGCUGGUUGCUUCUCAGGGGAAUAUACUAGUCACUGGAAUCCAGGAAGAUAUCGAGCUUCUAACGGAAGAGGAGGAAGAGACUUACGAUAAUAUCGACUUCACUAUGCAAGACUUCAACAAUUCAAUCGGCCCCAACACCGAUUGCGGAAUCUUCAAUGACCCUAAGCGAAUACUCAUGGCGCGAUGGAGGUACCCAUCUCUGUCUAUCCACGGGUUCGACGGUUCAGCAAAUGGUCCCGAGACUGUGACCUCCAUACCUCCCUGGGUGACUGGAAAGUUUUCCAUUCGCACCGUCCCAAGUAUGACUACAGAGCAAGUCACAGAGCUGGUAACGAACUAUCUCAAGGGGGAAUUUGAAAAGCUGAAUAGCAAGAACCGCUUGGACAUCGAGAUGACUGAUAGUGGCGAAUGGUGGCGUACCGAUCCACAGGCUAGGAAUUUCAAAGCCGCUGAAUUAGCCACACAAAAGGUUUGGGAGAAUGUGACCCCAGACCUGACACGCGAAGGUGGAAGUAUUCCUGUCGCAUUGGAUAUCCAGGAAGGGCUAGGUAGCGACAAAAGCUUGAUGUUGCUUCCAAUAGGGACCUCGAGCGAUGGUGCACAUGGUCCUGACGAGAACAUGAGGGUUCGAAACUAUCAGAAUGGUGUUAAAGUGCUGGGAGCCUACCUCCAUUAUUUUGCAGAGAAAGGUAUCGAGGAAUAG